GCACACCUCUCUCUCUCUCUCUCUCUCUCUCUCGGACGGCUCUGCAAAGAGGCCAAACGAAGAAGAAAAUGCAAAGGAGCUGAGCUAACUCUCUUCCACUCCACUCCUCGCUGAUUCUCGGGCGAUGGUUCCUCCGCCGCUCCCACCAUCGCCGCCGCGUCUCCUCCGCCGUCCCUGAGCCCUAACAGCCGCCGCCGCCGCCAUUCCCCCCGGGGAAGGAAGCCCUAACCUCGUCCCGCCAUGUACUUGUCCGAGAAGCCUCGCCCGAUCGAUUUCUACAAGGAGGAGUCCACCCCUCGCGACAUGAUCAUCGAGGUCGUCUCCUCCAACGGCGACAUCCCCCCGCCGCCGCCUCCCCACCACCCGCACCAGCACCAGCUCCAGCACCAGCCGCCGCCGCCGCCGCCGCCCUCGCAGCCCCAGUCGCACCACCAGAUGAUCCUCGGCGAGAGCAGCGGGGAGGACCUCGAGGUCAAGGCCCCGAAGAAGCGCGCCGAGACUUGGGUCCAGGACGAGACCCGGUGCCUCAUCGCGCUCCGCCGCGAGAUGGACUCGCUGUUCAACACCUCCAAGUCGAACAAGCACCUCUGGGAGCAGAUCUCGUCCAAGAUGAGAGAGAAAGGGUUCGACCGUUCCCCGACCAUGUGCACGGACAAGUGGAGGAACUUGCUCAAGGAGUUCAAGAAGGCCAAGUACCAGGAUAGAGGGUCGGCAAAGAUGUCGUAUUACAAGGAGAUUGAGGAGAUUCUGAGGGAGAGGAGCAAGAAUGGUCAGUAUAAGAGUCCGGCGGCCUCGGCUUUGAAGGUCGAUUCCUACAUGCAGUUCUCUGACAAAGGCAUUGAGGAUGCUGGGAUGACUUUCGGACCUGUAGAAGCAAGUGGUAGGCCGACUCUCAACCUUGAAAGACGUUUGGAUCAUGAUGGGCAUCCUCUGGCCAUAACUACUGCUGAAGCGGUUGCGGCUAAUGGAGUUCCCCCUUGGAAUUGGAGGGAAACCCCUGGAAAUGGUGAGAGUCAGUCAUACGGUGGGAGGGUCAUCUCAGUCAAGUGGGGUGACUAUACCAGAAGGGUUGGUAUUGAUGGCUCUGCCGAUUCCAUUAAAGAGGCGAUCAAAUCUGCUUUUAGAUUGAGAACCAAACGUGCAUUUUGGUUGGAGGAUGAAGACCAGAUAAUACGGAGCCUUGACAGAGAUAUGCCUUUGGGAAAUUACACUCUCCAGCUUGAUGAAGGACUGGCCAUAAAAGUGUGCCUUUACGAUGAGUCAGGGCACAUUUCAGUCCAUACAGAAGAUAAGAUUUUUUACACGGAAGAUGAUUAUCGUGAUUUUCUUGCCCGAAGAGGGUGGACAUGUUUGAGGGAGCUUGAUGGGUAUAGAAACAUUGAUAAUAUGGAUGAUCUACGACCAGGUGGAAUAUACCGUGGUGUGACAUGAGGCAUGCGGGCUCCAAUGGGAGGGGGGGACUUUGUAAUUUUGUCCAUGAUGGAGCUGAACUGUGACGUUUAAUUGUGUAUAGCCCAUCUUGGCUCGAGAUGUUUAUUCAAUUAGCACUGUGCUUGAGGCAUUUCAAAAAUGUAUAUAUCCACUUCUUUUUGGUCUUUGAAAGAGGCAACUUGGUUACUCCCGCCGA